GUUGUCGCUGUCGCUGUCGUACGGGCAUCGCAUCGCAUCGCAUCGCAUGGCAUCGCCUCACAUCGCGUAGCCGCAGUGUUGACCGUCCGCAUCCGCAAACUGGCAAACGAAGCAAUUGGGCUGGAAAUCAAGAAACAAGUGCCAGCCAAGCUCUUCGAAGGUAUAUCUCAAUCGGUUAACGCAAUUGUUGAAUGCUGAAUAACACAACACAACAAAAAUAUAAGAAAAAAUAUAGAAAAACGUCAAGCGAGACGAGAGUGCACGUGCUAGAAGUAGAAGUAGAAACAUCUCAAACGCCUGCGUUAAGUUUCUGAAUGUGUUGUUAUGCAAAUCGCGUCCUUUUUGGCUUGAGGCAACAAUACAGUGAGUGUGUGUGAGUGAGUGCGACUGGGAGCGUGUAUGUGUGUGCCGCAGUUCCAGUGUACGACUAUAUGUGUGCGCUUGUGUACGCGCCCACAAUGCAUAAAUCAAAAUACACAUUAUUGAGUCAUAAAUAAAGUUCGCAUCGGCUGCUACUUUAAAUAUUGGCCUCGCGGCUGCCGGCGAUUCGAAGACGAGAAAGUUAGCAGCAGAAGCUGAAGCACAAGCAGAAGCAAAAGCAAGGCCGACGAAAUCGAAAUUUAUGCCUCGCACCCGCCAAAUACUUUGCCAUAUUUUUUGCUCAAUUGCCUGCCGCUCCUCCAGCUCCAUCAGCUCCUUGUGCGUCUCGCUGGCUGCAUAAAAACUCGCUCAAUGCCAACACGCCCUCUCUACAGUAGCAAUAAGCAAUAAGCACAGCAGCAGCAACAACUCCAUUUCCUAACCCCUGCGGGCUGAUUUUAUUACAAAGGCCGUAAACGUAAAAAACGCCAAAAAGCGGAGUAAACGCCACAGCAAAAGGAUACAAUACGGCCAAAAACAGGGUUAUCACUCGAAGAGGAAAGGACACGGCGAAGCUGCAGGAUGCGAGGCAAAAGGAUUUGAAAUUACAUUUUUAAUGCCGAGGCGGGCAAGAAAAAGAGCGCGAAAUGAGCAGCACGUGCGCGCUUUAUUUUAAAUAUUUAUAAACAAACACACACACAUUGCACGAGCACACGCGCACACCCACCUACACACCUAUCCACACACACACACAUAUUUAGGUGACCAAAGUUAAGCCUCGUCAAAUUGUAUUAAAAAUUCAUCUUAACGGUUAUGCGUUUUGCACAAACAGUCGAGCGGCUAAGGAGCCGGGCAAAAAAUGUUUGUAAAUAUUAAAAUGAAUUUAUGUGCAGAGCAAAAGUUUUUAAUUAAGUGAAAAGCGAAAACCCGAGUGCAAACGAUAAAAACGCGCCGCCAAACAGGAAGGAAUCAUCGAGCGAGUGAAUUAGAGCAACGAGCUUACAUAUUUGAAUGUUCCAGCGAUGUUCCAGUUCGAGUUCGAGGUCGAGCAGCCAGAACCCAAUUUAUUUGCAUACCUAAUGCCCGUGCAGUGAGCCUCGGCAAAUUGCGAAGCCCAGAAGCGCAGAAUACCAACCAAACAGUUAUCACCAAUUGGCCAAUCGGAUCGGUAGCAGCCAGCUAUAGCCAUGUCCUUCACCGGCCCAUUCCUUAUAUGCCUGAUCAUGGGAGCCAUUGCCUAUGGAAAUUCACACGAGCAUGCCGAUGGCUUCAAGCCAGAUGGCGAAAUCCUGCGCGUCCUGGUGAACAGCUCGGCACAAAUCAAAUGCGAUGUGGGCUCCAGCCAGGCCGAUGACAAAGUGCUUCUGGUCGUUUGGUACAAGAAUAAUUUACCCAUUUACAGCUACGACACACGUGGCGCCCACGCAGGCACCCCAUCCCAUUGGCGGGACGAGGAGGUCCUCGAAGAUCGGGCCGUAUUUCGAACGCACAAGGAGCCGGCGGAAUUGAUUAUAAAUCCUGUUAAGGAAAAGGAUGCGGGCAACUUUCGGUGUCGCGUGGACUUCAAGCUUUCGCAGACCCGCAACAGCAAUGUCAAUUUGGAGGUUGUCGUGCCGCCAACGCAGCCGAUUAUCUUCAAUGAGCGGCGCCUGCGAAUCGAUUCGAGGGCAGGUCCUUAUGAAGAAGGUGGCAGCCUGGAAGUCACCUGCGUUGUUUACGGAGGCUCUCCGCCGCCGACAGUCAUCUGGCUGAUGAAUGGGCAGCUGCAGAACAGCGUUGUCGAUUACACAUACGAUGGCGCCAUCAACAGCAAGCUGGUGGUUCGCAACCUGUCAAGAAUCCACCAGCAUGCGGUCUACACCUGCCAGGCCAGCAAUUUCCACAAGAAAUAUGUGGCCACCAACAUAACGAUCGACCUCUACCUGCGCCCUCUGCUGGUGGAAAUCAGCUUCAACAAUCAGCCGAUGUCAGCGGAUCGAAAGUACGAGAUCGAGUGCCAGGCGAUUGGAUCGCGGCCUCCGGCCAAAAUCACCUGGUGGAUGGGCAAUCUGGAGCUGCACGGCCACAGCCAGAAGGUUUCGGAGGACGGCAAUGUCAGCACUUCGGUGCUUUCGAUCACACCCACAAGAGAAGAUCAUGGCAAGGCCUUGUCCUGUCGGGCGACCAAUGAACUUGUUCGCAAUGGCAUUCGCGAAACGGCCAUGAAGCUGAAUGUGUUCUUCAUUCCCACCUUGCAGCUGGACCUGGGCUCCAAUCUGAAUCCGGAGGAUAUCGAGGAGGGCGAUGAUGUCUACUUUGAGUGUAAAGUGCAUGCAAAUCCGGCUGCUUAUAAAGUUGUAUGGAAGCAUAAUCACCAAAUCAUCCAGCACAACCAGCGAGCGGGCGUGAUUGUCAGCAGCGGAGAUCUGGCGCUCCAGGGUGUCACUCGUCACCAGGCUGGAAACUACACCUGCACCGCUUCGAAUGUGGAGGGCGAUGGGGAUUCCAAUGUGGUCGAGCUGAAAGUGAUGUAUAAACCAAUUUGCCGGCCCGAUCAAAAGAAAAUCUAUGGAGUGGCGCGAAACGAGGCCGCCGAAAUAGUGUGCGAAGUGGAUGCCUUUCCGCCGCCGGAGAACUUCAAGUGGUCCUUCAACAACACGGCGGAGACCUUCGACAUGCCGCAGAGCGGUUUCCGGCCCCAUUCCGCCCAGGGUUCGACCCUCACCUACACCCCCGUCAAGGAAAUGGACUUUGGCACCAUCAUGUGCUGGGCCGACAACAAUGUGGGUCAGCAGAAGGAGCCCUGUGUGUUCCAUUUGAUAGCCGCUGGCAAACCGGAAGCGCCCACCAAUUGUACGGUGGUCAAUCAAACGUCCGACUCGCUGGAGGUUUAUUGCAUUGAAGGAUUCGAUGGCGGAAUGCGGCAGUGGUUCCUCAUGGAAAUCUUCGAUCAGCACAGUGGUCAGCUCCAGGCCAACAUCAGUGCCAAGUUUGCGGCCCUGAGUGUUACGGGUCUGGAUGCUGGUCGUCUCUUCAGGAUCUAUGUGUAUGCCGUCAAUGGACGAGGACGCAGCGAUGCCAUUGCCCUCGAUGGAUACACUUUGAAGGCCGCCGAGAAGCAAACCGUUGCCUUGACCUCCUACAAGGGCAGUGCGCAGAGUCCGGAUAACUUUGAGCUGACACCGAUCCUGUCGAUUGGCAUCUUCGUGGGCAUCCUGGUGGCCAUCGUGUGCAUCGGUAUCGGCACAAUUGCCGCACUGAAGCUGCGCUCGCACAAGCAUCAGCAGCAGCAGAAAUUCGUACAUCCGAAUGCGAAAUUCUCACGUCCGGGCAAUUUGCAAAUUAAGGAUAAAAUCUCAUUGCCAUUGAGUCACUCCGAGGAGAUGUACGACGAGAAGAAUCCCGAUGUGGUGCCCUACAAUGAGGUUGAUGGCGAAUAUAAACAAAAAUCAGCAACACAAACGCCAUCGGGACAUCUUUCAACGACCAGCGAGGUGGAAAUCAGCUGCAAGCCGGGCUCAACAUCCGGCACCGGAAUCGUCCAGGCCAACUCGGCGGACAGUGGCACCUAUCAGAGCAGCAAGGACGAUGAGCUGCACUACGCGGAGCUGUCGCUGACCAACAUGCCAUCCGGCAGCAGUGGCGCCUCCAAGAAGGGUCAGCCCAUGGGCGGUGUGGGUGUGGUGCAGCACGUGGUGCAGCAGCAGCAGCAGCAGCAACAGCAGCAGCAGCAGGGACAGGGGCAGGUUCAGCAUCCCCAUGCGAUGUUGGGUGGCACCUUGCCACACGGCUCCAGUAUGCGGAAGCUGCUGCCCACCAUUCCGGCGACGGCGACGCUGCAGCGCCACAAGCCAAAUGCGGGCGGAAUGCAGCAUCCGCACCAGCACGCUCCGCCGCCCACGUACGACUACGAUUACUUUGAGGAGCCGACGAUAUAUGCGCAAAUCGAUGCGUACAAGACGAUGCAGGUGGACACUGGCACAGGUGUGGCCGGUGUCGGUGUCGGUGGAUCAGGAUCGGGUGUAACUGGUGCGGGGGCAAGCAUCUCAUCGCCGGGGUCGCAUGGCACCCCAUCCACGGUGUCACCGGGCACCGUGCAAAUGUACACCCUGCCCCAGCAUCCCGGUGGCUACCACACACUGCCGCACAAUCAUCACGCACAGCAGCAGCUGGCGGGCGGUCCGCAGAACUCCGCUUCGAUGAUGCAAAUGAUGCAGCAGCAGCAGCAGCAGCAGCAAAUGCACCACCAUCCUGCGUCCAACAUGCCGCCCUCCUACCAGCAACACCAGCAGCAACAGCAGCAGCAGCAAAUGGCCCAUGGCCAGAUGCUGGUUUCGAGCAACAGCAGCGGAUUGGCCUCAACCACGGCGGCCGUGGCCAGUCCCAGUAGCUCAUUAUCGGGUCUUUCGGGCGUGGGCAAGUCCUAUUCGCGCGAAAUAGUCACCGUUCGCACCCCGCUCAUGUACUCGCAGCAGGAGAGCUGCGUCUAAGGUCUCCGUCUCCCCCUGGCAUCUUACGGAUACACCAAGUCCCCGAUUCCACAUUCCCGAUUUAUGUAGUCAUGUAAGUCUUGAGCUCUUCGUGGUUGGUGUCUAGGCUAAGUGUUGCCAAAACGAAUUGAAGUAAAUUGCAGCGUUCUGUGGAUUUGAAGCGAUUUGAAUCGUUUGUGUGCUCGUCGAGGAACUGAAUAUUUUUUAAUACAAAGCUCAUACAAAGGCUGCCACGAAAUCUUCUGCACUGAGCAUUACAAUCCUAAUAUAAAAUCAAUAAUUCGCAAUAAUGUGCAACCAGUCAGCCCACAUUACUUUUAACUUUAGGCCACAAAUGAAUAAUUAAAUCACGAAAUAUA